CGCAUCCUAUCGAUCCAAUCAAGCGUCGUUCAUGGGUACGUAGGGAAUCGCUCAGCGACCUUCCCUUUACAACUCCACGGCUACGAUGUCGCAUGUCUCAAUACCGUCCAAUUCAGUACACACACAGGCUAUCCCUCUAUCCAUGGCUCAAAACUGCCUGCAGAGGAGAUUCGUGCAUUGUACACGGGACUGGAAGUCAAUGGUGCUGUAGAGACCAUUGCAGGGUUAUUGACGGGAUAUGUACCAGGCGCUGAUGGGAUCCUUGCCAUCAAGGACAUUGCAGCGUCUAUCCGCGCAUCAUCGCCCACACCAGCAUUAUGGGUCCUUGACCCCGUCAUGGGCGAUGAAGAACGUGGCAUGUACGUAUCAGAGGAAAUCCCACCCCUCUACAAAGAACUCAUCACGCAUGCGGAUGUCAUCACGCCCAAUCAGUUUGAACUGGGUGUUUUGGCUGGGAUGGAGAUCACAGGUGUCGAUUCACUCAGAAAAGCACUAGAUACAGUCCAUACGGAAAGAGGUAUCCGUCGAAUUGUCGUCACAACCUUUAGAAAAGAUGAAGGGACGAUAUGGGUGGUUGGGUCUGAUUCAGCAUCAUCGACACCUCCCAAUAUCGCUACUCAAUUCGCCGUGGAAGUGCCUUACAGUGAUUGUCCGUUUCAAGGGACAGGCGACUUAUUCGCCGCAUUGCUGCUAGCGAGACUA